AUGAAUGAUGUGUUUUGGAUUGAAGGAUUGGAUUAUCUACACCAUGGAUGCAAGCCACCUAUAAUACACCGAGAUGUAAAAUCGGCUAAUAUUCUUCUAAGUGAAGACUUAGAAGCUAAGAUAGCAGAUUUUGGACUCUCUAAGGUGUUUAAGGAUAGUGAUAAUGGAAAUUCAGAAUCUGCAAUUAUUCAUGUUGAUGAUAAAAAUGAAACAUCUACAAUAAUGGGAACAAUGGGGUACCUUGAUCCAGAGUACUACAAAUUAAUGAACCUGAAUGAAAAAAGUGACAUCUAUAGCUAUGGAGUUGUACUAUUGGAAUUAAUCACAGGUCUCCCUGCAGUGAUUAAAGGAAAGCCAUCAAUUCACAUACUUGAGUUUGUAACACCACAUAUUGAAAAAAGUGAUUUAAGCAAAAUUAUAGAUCCAAGACUCCAAGGAAAAUUUGAUGAAAAUUCAUGCCAGAAAGUUUUAGGAUUAGCAAUUUCUUGCACUGCAUCAACCUCAAUUCAAAGACCAACAAUGAGUGUUGUGUUAUCUAAGCUUAAACAGUGUGUUAAAAUGGAGUCUCCUAGUGAUAGGGAAAUAUUUGAGCCACCAAGACAUAUUUACAGUGAACUUUCUAGUUCAUCUGAUGCUUUUAAAUCCAUGGAUAGUAGUGAAUCUAUGACACAUCCUUUCCCAAGGUAA